UUCGGCCAGCGGCGCUUGGAGCAGGUGAAGAAGCAUCUUCAUUCCGGCUGUCGCUGCUGUUCUUUCUUCAAACGUGGGUCUGAGUCAAGGAAGGACAAGCAUUCUUCCUUUGCCGCUAGAGCUCCAGUGAACCGUUGCCCAGAACCUAGGCACUUCAUACAUUUCAUCUCACCCAUCAUUCCGCUUUCACUGUGUAAAUCACCUGCACAUUUGUAACCCUGUGAAAGUCCCUCAUUAAUGCUCAGAGAAGGGGUCGAAAGGGAAUUUCAAGGGUUUGAAAGACAGGGCCUCCGCCGACCGCGGGGAGCUGUCUAUGGUGCUGAAGCUUUCCAGGCGUUUGUCUCCACCAGCACACGGAGUUAGAUUGCACAUUUUCAUUCCUGGCUUUCUCGUCCCCCCCAUGCCUUGGAUAAGACUAAUUUCAGGAUCGUGAAUAUCUCUCCGUAUCAUGGCCCACCUGAGACACUUUCGGACAUUAGUUUCGGGAUUUUAUAUCUGGGAAGCAGCACUGUUACUCAGUUUGGUCGCAACAAAGGAAACAGAUAGUGCAAGAUCCCGAAGUGCUCCAAUGUCACCCUCAGACUUUCUGGACAAAUUAAUGGGGAGGACAUCAGGAUAUGAUGCAAGAAUCAGACCCAAUUUUAAAGGCCCUCCGGUCAAUGUCACAUGCAACAUAUUCAUAAACAGCUUUGGCUCUAUCGCUGAGACGACCAUGGACUACAGGGUGAAUAUCUUUCUCCGUCAGAAGUGGAACGACCCGCGCCUCGCGUACAGUGAGUACCCUGACGACUCUUUAGACCUGGACCCUUCCAUGUUAGACUCCAUUUGGAAACCUGACCUGUUCUUUGCCAAUGAGAAGGGUGCAAACUUCCAUGAAGUUACCACGGACAACAAACUGUUAAGAAUUUUCAAGAACGGAAAUGUUCUUUAUUCAAUACGAUUGACAUUAACCCUUUCCUGCCCAAUGGAUCUCAAGAACUUCCCUAUGGAUGUGCAAACAUGCAUGAUGCAGCUGGAGAGUUUUGGAUACACAAUGAAUGAUCUCAUUUUUGAAUGGCAAGAUGAGGCACCUGUACAAGUGGCAGAAGAACUCACUCUGCCCCAGUUUCUGUUGAAAGAGGAGAAAGAUUUACGAUACUGCACUAAACACUACAACACAGGAAAGUUCACAUGCAUAGAAGUGCGAUUCCAUCUGGAACGACAAAUGGGAUACUAUCUGAUCCAGAUGUACAUUCCCAGUCUCCUGAUUGUGAUUCUGUCGUGGGUUUCAUUCUGGAUCAACAUGGAUGCUGCUCCAGCCAGGGUGGCUUUGGGAAUAACCACUGUGCUGACUAUGACCACACAGAGCUCAGGAUCGCGAGCUUCCCUACCAAAGGUUUCAUAUGUCAAAGCCAUUGACAUUUGGAUGGCAGUGUGCCUCCUUUUUGUGUUUUCAGCACUUCUGGAAUAUGCAGCUGUAAAUUUUGUAUCAAGACAACACAAAGAACUUCUGAGAUUUCGACGCAAGAGAAAGAAUAAGACAGAAGCUUUUGCAUUGGAGAAGUUUUACCGUUUCUCAGACACGGAUGAUGAGGUAAGGGAAAGUCAAUUCAGCUUCACAGCCUAUGGAAUGGGACCAUGUCUGCAAGCAAAAGAUGGUGUGACCCACAAGGGCCCAAGCCAUCCCAUCCAGGUAAUGCCGAAAAGCCCUGAGGAAAUGAGGAAGGUCUUUAUCGACCGGGCCAAGAAGAUUGACACCAUCUCCCGAGCCUGCUUCCCAUUAGCCUUUUUGAUCUUUAAUAUUUUCUACUGGGUUAUCUAUAAAAUUCUUAGGCAUGAGGAUAUACAUCAGCAAUCAGAUUAAGUUUUGGCGGUCAUGCAAGUACAAACAGUCGAUACAAAAGGAAGUGUCUUCAACAUAGGCGUGUGUGUGUGUGGUGUACAAAUGAUGAUCACUGUAUUAAAAUGGCACAGGGGACGGUAUUAUUAUGAUUUGCUAUGCAAAGUUGUGAGUCAGAUUAAGAUUCUUUUAAUGGAUACUGUAUAUAUAUAUAUAUAUACACACAUAUAUAAAAUGGACAUUUCUGCUUUGUAUUAAUUUACCUGCUCUUUCAUAGUAAAUCACAUAAGUGGAAGUAUUACUGCCAAUGUGUUUGUAUGUUAUAUAAUAAUACAUGUGAAAACUACUUUGGAUUCCUUGAUUUUUAAUCAAUGACAAUAAAUCGGACAAAAGUAAAGCUUUUGCACAAUAAACUUUAUAAAAAGAAAACAGGGAAAUGUUGAAGAUAAAAAUUAUUAGCUUGAGGCUUUGAAAUAUUUUCUUAUAUUGUAGUUACAAAAUAGAAAAAUAAUCAGUUAAUUCAGUGGAAAACUUGUUCAAAAGUAAUGGAGAGUUGCACACACAAAUACUAUGGGACCAACUUAUGUAAUAACCAAAAAUUUAAAUUAAACUAUUA